AUCUCGCCGCUCUUACGCAGGGCCGAAUACCUUUCGCCCUCGUCGAGUACUUAUAUCCCUUGCCGUCGCCCCGUUCUUGCUGUUAGAUCGUAGGAUUCCCCGUGCCAACCAACCCGCAAGACCAACAACUUAAGAGUUCAGAGAAAGACAUCGCCUCUUUUCGACAUGACGGUCAACAACUCUGAAAAGAGACAGGCGGAUGCCUUCCGCUCAGGGGAUCUGACACCGAUUACGAUCGCUGAGCCCUUAUCGUCGGCGGGACCCUCGACGGGGACGACUACUCCGUCGGUACACUCCGGCAAAGGCAACGACGAGAAACAAAUCGAGACGGUUACCGAGCGUGCGGUUCUCCCGGACCAACUCGGAUCCGAGCUGAGCCAGCAAAUCCGCUACAAAUAUGCCUCCUCGUAUAGAAAAAUAUUCGGAGCAAUCUUUACUAUCAACUUGGCCGUCUUCGUCGCCCUGCUAGCGGCAGCGAAGGGCAAGCCCAACUCUCGAGACGUAGGUAGCGCCGCAUCCGCCAACCUCAUGGUCAGCAUUCUCUUCCGCCAGGAGGAAUUUGUCAAUUUUUGGUACGAGGUCUUCACAUGCGUCCCUCACUCGUGGCCCCUCUACAUCCGAAAGCGCCUCGCGAAGGUCUUCCACUACGGCGGUUGCCACAGCGGUGCGGGUACCGCUGCGGUCGUGUGGUAUAUCCUCUAUACGAUAUUAGCAACCAAGGAGUGGAUCGACGAGCCGGUGACCGACGAGCUGGUCAACAUGAUUACUAGCUGGGUUUUGGUCUCGAUGUUCGCCGUUAUCUUGACGUCAGCCCACCCCGACCUGCGACGAAAGUUCCACGACUACUUCGAGGCUUUCCACCGUUUUGCCGGUUGGACGGCCUUGACAACUUUCUGGAUCCACAACAUAUUCUCGGCUAGGGUCACCGCCAGGCAAUGGGACACCUCUCUCGGUAACGUCCUUAUCCGCUCGCCUAACUUCUGGUGCAUCUGCAUUUCGACCUCUUGCACCCUCGCCUCGUGGACUCGUCUACGCCACCCAACAGUCUACCCGGAGAAGCUGAGCAACCACGCUACGCGCCUACACUUCAAGUACAGGGGUAUGGCACCCUUCUACGGCUUGAAGAUUAGCGACAAACCCUUAACCGAGUGGCACGCUUUUGCUACUAUUCCCGACGUCGACCCCGAGUCUGGAAAGAUCAACGGCUUCAGCGUCGUCGUCAGCAACGCGGGCGACUGGACCAAGAAGCAGAUCAACAAGCCCAACGAGCGAAAGCUCUGGGUUCGCGGCGCGCCUCUUCACGGUCUUCUCUACACGUCUAAGCUGUUUAGGCGAAUCGUCGUGGUUGCUACCGGAUCUGGAAUCGGCCCUUGCUUAUCACUCCUCUUCGCUGAUAUCACACCGCGCCGCGUAUUCUGGAGCACCCGAGAGCCUCACGACACAUAUGGUCCUCAAGUUGUGGCAGAGGUCAAGCGAGCCGACCCCAACGCGGUGAUCUGGAACACCCACGAGAGGGGAUACCCGGAUAUCGUUCGAGAAGUAUACCAACUCGUCCACGAGUCGGAUGCGGAAGCCGUCUUCAUCAUUUCUAACCCCAAGGUGACGGAGAAGGUCGUAUAUGGUAUGACCACACGCGGAAUCCCCGCGUAUGGUGCCAUUUUCGACUCGUGAGCAGCGGACAUGACUUACCGGCAUCGAUACACCUGUACAUCGCUAAUACUUGCAAAGCUGGCAAGCUUUCUGGGGUCGGCGGGGUAGGAAGAGGACGACGGAGUUGGCGAGGCAUAAAGCGGGAGUCCAUCGUGGGAUCUCAGCCCGAGGAGCAGUAUCGUCGACGGAAAGCUACGCCUGGAAUUUGAACGGAGAGCGGAGCUGCUCUUGUAACUUUUCUAUUCACGACAUUCAUUUGCCCUUCUUCUCUCUAUUUCUCCUUUAUGCUCUGCAGGAUAUGGUUGGACUACAUGACGACACUGUAAAUAGAUUCCUAAUUCGCGAAAUGCUGCUUCUCGGGUUGGAUUGGGAUACCAAAUAGGUAUCAAAAGCUUAGAUUAGAUUUAGAUCCCACCAUGCGACGAACCAUCC